ACUUUAUUAUUCUUAUUUUAAGACCCUUAUUGAAGCACCUUCGUUUUUGGAAGGCCUGUGGAUGAUUACGAAUGACAGGCUUACUGAGUAUCCCCUUGUAAUUAAUACAGUGAAACGAUUCCAUCUUUAUCCAGAGGUAAUCCUAGCUUACUGGUAUCGAACAGUCACAGGAAUAACGAAUUUAUUUGGGGUAGAAACUAAGACCUGCUGGAAUGUGACCAGCGUGGGACUUCCUAGUGAAGUUGAGAGCUGUGAAGGAUUGGGAGAUCCUGCUUGCUUUUAUGUGGGUGUGAUUUUUAUCUUAAAUGGACUCAUGAUGGGAUUGUUCUUCAUCUACGCUACAUACUUGAGUGGGAGUCACUUAGGAGGUCUAAUUACAGUACUGUGCUACUUUUUCAACCAUGGAGAGGCCACCCGUGUGAUGUGGGCGCCACCUCUGCGUGAGAGCUUUGCAUGUCCGUUCCUGGUGCUUCAGAUGUAUAUUCUGACCAUGAUUCUCAGGUCCUCCAACAAUUAUGGAAAACAUUACAUUGCCCUCUGUCUUGCCAAUGUUGCUUUUAUGCUUCCCUGGGAAUUUGCUCAGUUUAUACUUUUUACACAGACAGCCUCAUUAUUUACCAUGUAUGUUGUGGGCUACAUUCAGCCAAGCAAGUUUCAGAAGAUCAUUUAUAUGAACAUGGUUUCAGUUAUCCUCUGUUUUAUUUUGAUGUUUGGAAAUCCAGUGUACUUAUCUUCUUACUAUUCUUCAUCUUUGUUAAUGACAUGGGUGAUAAUUCUAAAGAGAAAUGAAAUUCAUAGAAUGGGAAUAUGUGAACUCAACUUUUGGGCGGUUGUGAUCCCUGGGUACACUGUGUCUCGGCAGGAUGCUCCGGGCUCACCUUGCGGUUGCCUGGCCCAGUCCUGGAACCAGCCCUGGGUCCUUGUCGUGGAGAAUGGUGGCUUCCUCAUGGCCUCACUUCCUCUUUGUUUUUUUGAGAUGCUCAUUCAAGGUUGUGCUUGGUGGUUUGGAACAAUCAUUUUGAAACUUCUGACAGCCGAAAUCUUGGGGGUUUCAGACCAUAUUAGCCUGACUGACCUUAUAGCAGCCAGAAUCUUACGGUAUACAGAUUUUGAUACCUUAAUGUACACCUGUGCUCCUGAAACUUAUUUCAUGGAACAAGCGACUCCACUGAGAUACAUAAAGACAUUAUUGCUUCCAGUUGUUAUGACUAUUCGUGAUGUUUUUUGUGCCUUAUCUACAAACACUUACCUAAGAAAACAGCUCCUUGAACAUGGUGAGCUGGUUUUUCACGCAUUGCAGUUGUUAGCAUUUGCUGCCCUUGCCAUUUUGAUAUUGAGACUGAAGCUGUUUUUGACACCGCACAUGUGUGUUAUGGCUUCCUUGAUCUGCUCUCAACGGCUCUUUGGCUGGCUUUUUCGAAGAUUUCAUUUUGAGAGUGUUAUCUUUGGCAUUCUAACAGUGAUGUCAAUACAAGGCUGUGCAAACCUCCGUAAUCAGUGGAGCAUACGAGGAGAGUUUACUAAUUUGCCUCAGGAAGAACUUCUACAAUGGAUCAAAUACAAUACCAGACCAGAUGCUGUUUUUGCAGGCACCAUGCAGACAAUGGCGAGCAUCAAGCUGUCCACACUGCACCCCAUUGUGAACCACCCACACUACGAGGAUGCAGACUUGAGGGCCCGAACAAAAAUAGCUUAUUCAGUAUAUAGUCGAAAAUCUGCGAAAGAAGUGAGAAAUAAAUUGCUGGCGUUACAUGUGAAUUAUUAUGUUUUAGAAGAAUCAUGGUGUAUUUGGAAAACCAAGCCGGGUUGCAGUAUGCUGGAAAUCUGGGACUUGGAAGACCCUUCCAACUCAGCAAACCCCUCCCUCUGCAGCACUCUGCUCAGGGAUGCAAGGCCUUACUUCACCAUCGUGUUUCAGAACACCUUGUACAGAGUAUUGAAGGUUAACCGAGAAAGAGACUAUACCAGCAUCCUCUGAUGCAAAGAAGGCAUCAAAGACACACUUAACAUUCAUUAAAACCAUAAGCUUUAAUAGCAGAUGCUUAAAAUAAGAGAUGAAGAAUGGCCUAAAGUUUUUCUGAUUGCUAAAGGCAAAUUUAUUGUUCUCCAUUGAAUGUCAGCCUUGUUAAGCUUGUCACAUAGAUAAUUUUACUAACUCUCAGGUAAGAUUUUUUGUAACUUUCCUAGUUAAAAGUGUUUAAAAAAAAAAAGAAAAAAGACAUGGGCCGGGGAUUUAGCUCAGUGGUUCUGCCGCCUGCUUGG